AUGAAGGGUCUAUUAUUUGUUUUUCUAAUAUUUGUUAUUGCUUCACAUAGCUUGUCUGCUAGAAUAACACCUAUAGCAGAAUAUGGAGGUGGAGGCUCUACUUUUGAUGUUUCUAAAUAUGGUGCCGUUGGAGAUGGCAAUACUGAUGAUACAGAAGCUUUUCUAAAAGCAUGGAAUGAUGUGUGUACAAGUCAAGAUGACCCAACACUUAUCAUACCAAAGAACAAAACAUUCUUCUUACAACCUUUAAGAUUCCAAGGUCCAUGCAAAUCUGCAACAGUUAAAGUUGAGCUAAGUGGAACUAUCAUUGCCCCAAAAAACAUGGAGGAUUGGAAAUGGGCAGAAGAUAAAGAGACAGCAUGGAUCCGAUUUGAGGGUAUAAAUGGUCUUGUUGUCAAUGGAGAAGGACAAAUUAAUGGCCAAGGUGCUCCAUGGUGGGAAAAAUAUCCUAAUGAUGAAAGUAAAAGGCCUUCUGCUACUAAAUUUAUUGGGUGCGAAGGACUUACAAUUAGCAACUUGACUCACUAUGAUAGUCCAAAGAAUCAUAUGAGUAUAAGUUCAUGCAAAGAGGUUUCCAUCUCUAAUCUUAAAAUGAUUGCACCAGAAGAUAGUCCUAACACCGAUGGAAUCGAUAUUGCAGACUCAUCUAACGUCAUCAUUAAGGAUUCAACAUUUACAACUGGUGACGAUUGUAUCGCCAUUAACACUGGCUCAUCUUUCAUCAACAUAACUGGUGUUUUUUGUGGACCUGGGCAUGGCAUCAGUGUUGGUAGCCUCGGAAAAAAUGGAGAACAAGCUAAAGUUGAAGAAGUAUAUGUUACAAAUUGCACUUUUACGAAAACUUCAAAUGGAGCCAGAAUCAAGACAUGGGAGGGAGGAAAUGGAUAUGCGAGGAAUAUCACAUACGAAGAUAUUGAAUUUAUCGAAGUCCAGAAUCCUAUAAUUAUUGAUCAGAGUUAUAACCCUAAUAUAUUUGAAGACGUUGGCAAAGGUGUGGUAGUGAGUGAUGUUACUUUUCGCGACCUACGUGGAACAUCGAUCGAAGAUCCAAUCCAACUAAAAUGUGAAGCUACCAUUAGUUGCAUUAACAUUGAACUUGAUAAUAUCAAUAUUACUCGUAUUGAUAAAGAGAAAUCACAUACGUUAUAA